CCCGCACGCACAUUGUCCGGGCGCGGCGGCGGCACAGCGCCCCGGCGCCCCGUGCCAAUGCGGGGCGGGCGCGGCACGCCGGGGGCGCCUCCACCACCGCGGUGGAAACUUCCCCUCGCCGCCGGGCCGACGCGCGGCUGAAGCCCCCGGCGGGGAGGAGCGGAGCGGGGUUUCGCCCGCUUGGGGGGGCGCCUCGUCUAGUUUGGUUUUUCCUACGUUGGAAGGGCAAAAGCGAAUAAUACUCUCGCCCGGGUUUAAACUUCCGCGCUCCGCUCUCCAGGACGCGCAUCCCGCCCGGCGGGGUGGACGAGCCGGGGGACUUGAACCAUUCCCAGACGAGAGGACCCUAUUUCUCUGUGGGAGCUCGUUAGCCAUCCAGAGGGUGGUGGUGCUCCUGGAAGUCCUGAGCUGGGGUCAGCUGGAAGAUGACCGAGUACAAGCUGGUGGUGGUGGGAGCAGGUGGUGUUGGGAAGAGUGCUUUGACGAUACAGCUCAUUCAGAACCAUUUUGUUGAUGAGUAUGACCCCACAAUAGAGGAUUCCUACAGAAAGCAAGUAGUCAUCGAUGGAGAGACCUGUUUGUUAGACAUCUUGGACACUGCAGGGCAGGAGGAGUACAGUGCCAUGAGAGACCAGUACAUGAGAACGGGGGAAGGAUUCCUGUGUGUCUUUGCCAUCAACAACACCAAGUCCUUUGAAGAUAUUCACCAGUACAGGGAGCAGAUCAAGAGGGUGAAAGACUCAGAUGAUGUUCCCAUGGUGCUGGUGGGGAAUAAAUGUGACCUCCCUGCACGGACAGUGGAGACCCGGCAAGCGCAGGACCUGGCCCGGAGUUACGGGAUCCCCUACAUAGAAACGUCUGCCAAAACCAGACAGGGCGUUGAGGAUGCCUUCUACACCUUGGUGCGGGAGAUCCGGCAGCAUAAGCUGCGCAAGCUGAAUCCCCCAGAUGAGAGCGGCCCUGGCUGCAUGAACUGUAAAUGUGUGGUAUCGUGACUAUGCUGUCUGGACCGUGUCUUGGCGAGGUUCCCACCGUGCAGUGCUCAAGGAAAAAGGUGAAGCAAAGGAAGAAGCAAAUGGAUUCAGAGGAGUAUGGGGGGGAGAGGAGGAGGAACAGGACAGGGGGAGCAUGACUCCAAGGACUAUCUUGCACUUCACCCAAGCCUGCGGCAAACAACUUCUUUUUUUUUUAUCCCCAUCCCCUCAUCCUUUGGCUCCUCCCACCCCGGCAACUGUACAAAGCCACAGAUUGAAUCACAGUAAAUUAUUAUUUGAUCGUCUCGACAAAUCA